AUGUGGUUACUGUAAUUGUAACUGUACCAGAAAACUCCAACUCAGCACAGUGCAAACAUUAUUUAGUCCUGCAUCCACUCAGUCGCAACCCAUUAGAUUUUUCCAAUAAUAGCCCAAACCUGGAACUCCUUAUACCGAACGAGCCGAUCAUGUGGGUUGUUUGUGUGUAAGCAUCCCACACAUCCCCAGAGACAAGUGUAUUAAUCAGCUUUGGAAGGGUCCGUCCUGCGCUCACGCAUGCAACGUGCGUAACCAGCAUACACACGGUUCCACGCACGUACACACGCGACCACGUCGUCUUGGCUCCCGGUUGUCCCUUUAAAAAUCCAAAUCCAAGGCCAAUGAUUUAUCAAACUCCUAUUAUCAAGAAAAUGUCACGCGAAGGGCACCUUGCUCUGCACUGACGCAAACUCGGCUCUUUUCCCACGGAGCUAUAGAAAAGCUUUGCACUUGGUGCUUUGCACAGCUGCAACCAGUCAGCUUCCAGUCCUCUCCUCGUCUUUUUACAGCUGUUUCCAGCCUGCCAGCAGAGCUCUGCAAAAAAUGGAUUUCUCUGACCAGAGAGACAUGGCCAAACAACCGGCCAGCGCUCCCACUGGCUACAUCCCGGAGCAGCAGCCCGACGGAGCUGCGGGACUUACAGCUAACAAACCGGACAACACGGCUGCAUGCCCGACGCCCGCCCCUCACCAUCACCCGGCGCCUCAGCCGCCGCCUCCUUGCAACGAGAGCAAAACUUUUUGUCCCACGGAAAAUAAACCGGGAGAACCGGACGCCAAUAAAGCGUAUGGGACGUUUAAAAACCCUCCGCCGGCGGUGCCUGGAUCCGUGGCCGCCAACUCGGUGUUCAGGAAGGAUUCCGUCGGUUCGGCCCGCGGGGGGUCCGCCCAGUACGGCGACCCGCUCCGGGCCACCGCAGAGCAGAACAACACUGCUGGCAACUGGACGGCUAUGAGCCAGACCACCAUCAUACUGGGAACAGAUGGGAACACGUCUGUUCAGCCUGGAACCGUGGCGGGGGCUGACGAUGAUGACGAGGGUGGAGAUGAGAAUAAGGCCAGAGGAAACUGGUCCAAUAAACUGGAUUUUAUUCUGUCCAUGGUGGGCUAUGCGGUGGGGCUGGGGAACGUGUGGAGGUUUCCUUAUCUUGCCUUCCAAAAUGGUGGAGGAGCUUUUUUGAUCCCCUACCUGACCAUGUUGGGCAUCGCCGGGAUCCCUAUCUUUUUACUGGAGGUCUCCCUCGGCCAGUUUGCCAGCCAGGGGCCCGUGUCAGUGUGGAAAUGCAUCCCAGCUCUGCAAGGUUGCGGGAUUGCCAUGUUGAUAAUAUCUGUCUUGAUAGCCAUAUACUAUAAUAUUAUAAUGUGCUGGACACUGUACUACCUGUUCGCUUCGUUGAAGGGCUCACUGCCAUGGGCUAACUGUAGGAAUGAGUGGAACACGGUGGAAUGUAAGGACAAAGACAUGCUACUGUUAGACUCCUGUAUCUUGCGGGACAGAAACAUCACGUCCAUCAAGAACUCCAGUUUCUGUCUGUCCGCAAAUGCUGUGGGAAACCUGACAAAGCUGCUCAACAUGACCGUGGACGGCAACAAGACCUACGUCAGCCCCAGCGAGGAGUACUUCAAGUACAAUGUGUUGCACAUUUCUAAAGGGAUUGAAUAUCCCGGAGACAUCCGCUGGCCUCUGGCAGGAUGUCUCCUCCUGGCUUGGAUCAUCGUCUACGCCUCUUUAGCCAAAGGAAUCAAGUCAUCAGGCAAGGUGGUUUAUUUCACCGCCACUUUCCCCUACGUGGUGCUGGUCAUCCUUCUCAUCAGAGGAGUGACCCUCCCAGGAGCCGGAGAUGGCAUCCUUUACUUUAUCACACCAAAAUGGGAGAAACUCAAUGACGCAAAGGUGUGGAAAGACGCAGCCACUCAGAUCUUCUUCUCGUUGUCGGCUGCUUGGGGAGGCCUCAUCACGCUCUCCUCCUACAAUAAGUUCCACAAUAACUGCUACAGGGACACUGUAAUAGUGACGUGUACAAACAGCGCCACCAGUAUAUUUGCUGGGUUUGUCAUCUUCUCGGUCAUUGGUUUCAUGGCACACGAGUUGAAGGUGCCGAUAGAGAAGGUGGCAGAUGAAGGUCCAGGCAUUGCAUUUGUGGUGUAUCCAGAGGCUCUGACCAGACUUCCUCUGUCUCCUUUCUGGGCGAUCAUCUUCUUCCUCAUGCUCCUGACUCUUGGCCUGGAUACCAUGUUUGCCACCAUUGAGACCAUCGUUACCUCCGUGUCGGACGAAUACCCCAAAUACUUGAGGAAACACAAACCGCUCUUCACACUGGUCUGCUGCAUUUCCUUCUUCAUCCUGGGUUUUCCUAUGAUCACAGAGAGCGGGAUGUACAUGCUGCAGCUGGUGGACACAUUCGCAGCCUCCUAUUCUCUGGUCAUCAUUGCUAUCUUUGAGCUGGUGGGGAUUUCCUACCUCUACGGUCUGCAGAGGUUCUGCGAGGACAUUGAAAUGAUGAUUGGUUUCCAGCCAAACCGAUUCUGGAGACUGUGCUGGGCCUUUGUGACUCCAACCAUUCUGACAGGCAUCCUCGGCCUGAGUCUGUACCAGUGGAAGGUGAUGACAUACGAGGACUACACCUACCCCACCUGGUCCAUGGUGAUGGGCUGGCUCAUGGUCAUCUGCUCUGUCAUCUGGAUCCCCAUCAUGUUCGUCAUUAAGAUGCACCUCGCCCCCGGCACCUUAAUUGAGCGUAUGAAGCUGGUCUGCUCCCCUCAGCCUGACUGGGGUCCCUUCCUGAUGAAACACCGUGGAGAACGCUACAAGAACAUGAUAGACCCUCUGGGAACCAGCUCCCUGGGUCUCAAGCUGCCUCCCAAGGACUUCCAGCUGGGUUCCUACCAGUAGCAGCUGCCGGCAGCACCACAGCGACCCCUGCAGGAGGCACCAGGAGGGAGGCAGACGCCUGCUUCCAGGCCGUCUUCUUCUCCACCUCUUCUUCUCCUCUCUCUUUCUCCUGCUUCACCCUCUUUCCUCCCUGCCUUCCUCCCUUUAUCACGGAUGUGGAAACAGGCUCCUUACCGUAUUCCUUUACGUCUUCACCAUUUCCUCUCGUCUCAGGGAGGAGUGGCUGCCCGAGUGGAGUCGACUCUUCCGCUGCUGCUUCGUACUCGGUUAAUGGGCUAUCAUUGCCUCCCACACAUGACCACUGAUUACUCCAGAACCCUUCCCAGGGAUCUUUAUUCCAAGAGAAAAAUUGUGUCAUAAAAUGACACAGCUCAGACUGCACUUGCAAUAUUAAACUCACCAUAGCUGCUCCCUAUGGAGUUGUGUGUGUUAGUGUGUGUGCGUGUGUGUGUGUGUGUGUGUGUGUGUGUGUGUGUGUGUGUGUGUGCUGUCACAUUUGUGUGUAGAGAUAAUGAAUCAUCUUGGUGCAAGCAGACACAGGAAAACAAAAAGAAAAUUGAGCGGCAGAAAAAAAAACGGUUCAACGAGCUCGGUGGGGAUCUUUGUUUGGUUCCAUCUGUGUACAAAAUUCCAUCGGCAAUACAAAUAAUAUCAACUGCCUCGGAAAAAAAAAGAAAAACACACACACAGAAUACUCUGUUAUCACAUUUUGUUCCUAUCCAGCAGUAUAUAUGUAUUUUCAUACUAGCUAGUGCUCAGUCGCUCUUGCUUUGUCAAAAAUAGAGUACAAGAUCUGCAAUUUGUGCCUCCUACGUCCCGGUAGAGUAGCGAAUGCAUCCUUAUUACCACUUUCAGUAGAUACACUUUGGCCUUGGAUGACUCUGCAGUGCGAUAGAAGCUUGGGUCUAUUUUUCUCUCUUAAUCUGAGGGACCAUUUGUGAUACCCUCUCUCUUUGUCUAUUUAUUAAGUUGUAAUGGUGUCGUAUUAUCCUAGAAUGUAAAGUAGCACAUUUCUAGCAUAGGAACCCACUAGGUUAGUCUUUCCUUCCUUUAGUAGAAUUGAUAAACGUGGCCAUUUAACCUUUCUAGGUCUGAAAACCUACUAGCCGCCCUCCGUGCAUAUAUUUUAGAUGUAUCACUGUGCGUGUUGUGAACUCGUCAAGCCAUCUGUGUGAGCCUUCUUUGCAAUCACAUCAGUAGAGUAUCAACAUAAAAUAUAUAAAUAUAUAUACUAUACAAAUAUACAGUAAUAUAUGUAGAGCCUCCAGCAGAGGACGGAGCUAGCAGAACAGAGAUCGAGUGUGUGUGUGUGUGUGUGUGUGUGUAUCUCUGAACCCCACGUUUCUCUUGCUAGUUGUGUAAUAUUUUGUACAAAGUGUUUUCGCUUCAUGAGAAAAAAAGUCCGUCAAGUAGUAGGUGUGCGUGUCGUCACGUCCUCGCAACGUUAGGAGCAGCUGCUGUGUGUGAGCAAGGCGAUGAUUAGACUAGAAAAUGGCCUCCCUCUAUCCUGGAAGUGUACUUUGUCUCUUGUUGUUUGUGGUAGAGCUCUGGAGACCUCUUUGUCAUUUCAAACUUAUGCCUCUCGCUUCUCCGUGUGUCCUCAUGAAAACAGGGUCUCAGGUAUACUCGAUUCCAUCAGACUACUCUGGUAGUUGUAGGAAUAACAGCAUUCAGUGCACAGAAAAAUGCUUAAUGGAAAUGGAGACAGCAUGGAAGUGUGUUGAAACAGAUCUAUAUCUACCGACGCCGAUGAUCUGAAACUAGUUAAACGCAUUUUGCCAUGAUUAUAAAGGAGUGGCUUAACCAGUUUUGACAGCCUAAAUCAAGCAUCGAUAUGUUCAAAAAGGGAAAAAAAAUAAGUUCAAAUUAAUGAAAAAGUUACAGUUUGCAGUAAACUGCAAUUUUAAUUGGACCAUGAGCCAGUUUGUUGACCUUCAUGAUUUUCAUACGCAGAAAAUUAAAGAAUUUCAGGAAGUUUCUGGUCCCUUCGCUUAAACUGUGGCUCGUCAGUGACUUGUACAACACUAAUUUAGCACAUUUUUCCCUUUAAGUCAUGCUGUUAAGACAUCAUCGGCACAAAUGAGCUGCCGUAAGCGUGUUUCUGUGGGUGUAAAAGUAAUCUCCGGAUGUAGCGGCGCAGCGGCCUGAUGGAACAGCUCUGGUGCAGCUCAGCAGGCGGCCACACCGGCUUUGAAGCCUUUUGAAAUGUGACAAGCAGCCAAGUUUUACUUCACGGGGCUGCCACCUGAUUACCUUCAAAGUAGCACAAUGUAUCCACUCUGAAUCAAUUAGUCCUUUUCCACACUUUGACCGGUUUGAAUAUGCAUUUUUCACGCUGACACAAAGUCCCGAUUGGCUUUAUUGCGCUUUUAUCACUGCAGGCAUUUAGCUGUGGAGUGGCUUAAGUGUUUUUUUUUUAGCGGAGGCUGCAGGUAUGAAUGCAGUAACAGUUGCUAAGAGUUUAACGGUCUCCAUAACUACUUCUCUAAGCCAUGCCUUUUCAUGAACUUGACAUGAAAACAGCACAGAUGCUAUUUUAAGAGGUUGUAACAGUUUGAAAGCUAAACAAUCAGUUAAUGAGCACAAAUACCCUGAUGUUAGAUAGCUUGCUCGCGACACUGUUGCUUUUGCUGUGCGUUUAGCUCUAUUUGUUCAGACGUGAUAAUGAUGUAUGUCUGUGUAUGCUUGUGCGUGUGUGUUUGUCUCUGUAUUAGUUGAACCGAAUUCCAACUUAACUGUCAAUCAGAUGUUUGCAUGGCCGGUAUCAUAGCAGAAACAAGCAGAGGAGAUUCGCAGGAUUGGUUUUAUUUUUUUUACCCAUGAUACCUCAGCUUCACGCACGUCUCUCUCUUUACUCCGACGAGGAUCUUAAGAGAACUGUUUGCGAGCUUGAACUAGCUGGGUAAACUUUUAACCCUGAUCGGCUCCGGAAAAAAUUAAAUCCUACGGCUUCAACACAAUUCAGAGAAGGAGCAGCCGAAGGAGCAGGUUGGCGUUUUAAAUAACAUGUUGGAUGUAGUGGGCAGUUUGCUCAAUGUAGUAAAGACUUGAAUUAUAAAAUCCUUUUAUGCCCUGAUAUAGAUUCUACUGAUUUAAUUUAGGGCCACAGUUGAAUAGCUAAAUGUAUUGUGCCCCUGUGUUUCCAUUUCUACGGGGAUUCUCUGCCUUUCUGUUGAGAAAAAAAACAGCUUAGGGUAUAGUUAGAGCCCCACUGCUUCAUAAAAAGGAACAAUGAAGAGCUUGCAUGUGCAGUUUGUGUUGCUGUAACUCAAUGUCCAUGUAUAGUAAUCUUUGUCUUUUUCUCUCAAUAGUAUAACUGGGUGCAUGUUCAUUUUAGGGGAACUUUUUGUUCGACAUAAAGUUAAGAAACAGAGGGUUGCUGUUGUCCAUUAACAGAUGAGGAAGAAGAAGAAGGAAAAAAAUAACAAAAAAAUGGAACUGUCAAUUCGCUUGGCCUGCAAGUCAACUUUGGGCAGUAUAAGUAACCAAAGAAAGAGUAUUUUAACUAGAGGUUGUAGUGAAAACAGAAAACAAAUUUUAGAAGAAAAAGAAUGUGUCAUCUGCGUAUAGGAGGUUGAGAUACUGCCAUUCAUAUAACAUGUAGUGUUCUUCGAUGUUUGCCAAUACGUUACAAAACAUCUUCAGGUAACCAUUGGCCUUAUAGAUGUCCUCUAAUGGUAGAAAAUUAUAUGUAUUUCAAAAAUAACACCACAGAAUAGCUGUCUGUCUCAUAUGGUACCUGUAUUCCUAUUGUUAUGUCUGUUGUGUCUUUUUGGCACUUUAUUGUGUGACCUAUGAAUGCAUAGGUUAAAUUUCUAAUUACUUGAGUAAUGUCAUAUUUCUGUGUGUUCUAUGUGAGGUACUGCUGCCUAUGGAUAUAGAUAUGUGCCUCCAACAGCCCAUGACAUCAUUUGAUUUGACAAAUUAAGAGUAGAUAUAUAACAAAUAUGUUUUAACAAUCGUGUGUGACGUGUUAAAAAAUAGAAAAUAUAUAUCAUAUAUGUGAAAUGCAUUUAUUUAUUUUCACUGUCAUCAAUCUUUGAGGCCCUACCUCAGAUUUUGUAUUUAUGUAUAGAAAUGCAAUUGGAUUAUAGUAUCUUUGCCAAUAAUAAUAUAUCGCUAUUAUAUCAUGAAAUGUGUAACCUAUGAAUCAAUAAAUAAAUGUUAUUGUUUU